AUGUCGUAUACGUAUCAUCAAGGUUCAGGCAAGUUUUGUAAUGACAAUAAUGGUCAGUGCACACCAUCCUACAGCGGAUUCAAGGGAGAAAAAGAUCAAAAAAAAUCAAAUCAAGGUCCGAUUCCAGAAGGAAAGUAUACAAUCGCAAACGGUUGUGGUGAUGCGCAUCAGAGAUGUAAUUUGACACCUGAUUCAUCAAAUAAUAUGUUCGGACGGUCGGCUUUCCAAAUUCAUGGUGACAACGGCAAAGGGGACCAAUCAGCGAGCCAUGGGUGUAUAAUUUUAAAUCAAGGUGAUCGAGCUGGCUUGAAAAAAGAUGACAAAAUUACAGUUAAGAAAUAA